AUGGCAUCCCCAGCUGCUGGCUUCGAAGACAAGAAGGAGGGAGCGAACAAGAAGAUCCUCUUCCGGUUUUGCUCUGAAUGCUCUAACCUGCUCUUUCCCCGCGAAGACAAGGAAGCGAAUCAGCUCCUGUUCGCGUGCCGCACCUGUUCUUUUACCGAACCAGCGCCCUCAGCCUGCGUCAUGCGUCACGAGAUUGCAUCGACUGUCGGAGACACUGCCGGAAUCACCCAGGACGUUGGUCAAGACCCAACGGUUGGUCUCUCUCAAUCUCUUUCCGAUUCGUCCCUUUCUGAAGAGCUCCCCGGCUUCUGCACUAUGUGCGGCCAGGAAAUCUUCUGCGAGAUCUGCGGCCAAGAGACGGACAACGGCAUGUACAUGGAAGCCGACGACGAAGAUGGCCUGCCGAUGGGGCCUCAGGAAGGGGUCGACAAGCAUUCAAAGAAAUGA